UAAAAAUACAAAGGUAAAUUGUUUUCUUGUAGUUUAACUGUUCCAUUAUCCAAUAGUUCGAACAUUAUUACGGUUAUGAUAAGACUGCAUUUCAUUUUGAAGCAGCUAGGGUCCGGAUUUUAGCUGAAAUCAAACGUUUCAACCAGCUAUACUUACUACUACAAUGGCAUCUGGAAUGGGUAGCGGAAGAGCAAAGGGGACUGGUAAAGGUCAAGGUCGGGGCAAAGGCGAAGGUGCUAUGUUUAUUGUUAUUGGUUUUGUCAUUGUGCUGAUCUUACUGGGACUAGUGAAGUUUGUCGUUGGACUGGUUUUUCUCAAUGACUGUCCUGCUGAGAGCAAAAUUCCAAAGUACAUAGCGGGAUCAGGCGGUGCCGCGAGCGUUAUUGAUGCUAUUGUAGGUUGCAUUGAAACAUUUGCUAAUGCCGCUGAGAAUGGUGCUCUAGGAGUUGGUUGUCUUAUGAUUGAACAUCUUAUGACCAUCAUUAUUGGAAGUUAUUAUGUCUUUCAUAAUUAUUCCUACAUAUCUGGCGGUUGUGAUGGUGCCGAGGAAUGCUGUGAUCAGAAUUUUAUGAAGUUCGCUCUUGGUGUCACUAUUAUAGAAUGGAUCAUUUUACUAAUCGUUGUUGUUGGUGCGGUGGUAUUUCUUUUCAAAAAAUAGGAUUACUAAAUGUAUUGGGACUGCUGUGUUAUAUUGUCAGAAUGUAUAUUCAUUCCACUGACACUUGUGUAGAGCAAACACCGCUUUCAAGAUAUUUAUGUGUGUUUAAAUUGAGUUUAACACGUUUUAAGAAACAAAGCCAAAGUUUGUUUUAACUGUAUGAUUUCGUCAUAUUUUAUUAAGAAGCGUUUAUUUAUUUGCUUUGCAACAUUUUAUCACAUUUAUUUUUAUUAAAAAAAGAACUUGUAAUGGCUACAUAAAACUUCGUAAUAUGUUAAUCAUAUGUUUCUGCAUAAUAUUUCUGUCACUUUAAUACUCUUGCUCUUCUUUUAAGCAAAUUUUUACAACAGUUUUCACGUUUUGUAUAUUCUGUUUAAGGAACACAAAGGGCCAUAACAUUAUAUUAAUCAUGUUUCAUCGAUUUAUUCAUGUGUUUUUAACGAUAUUCUUACAUCAAUUUGAAGAGGAAUCUCUUUAUUUUUAAACCACAAACGGUAUCUAAAAGGUUUGUGGUCUAGUUCACGACCAAAAGUGUCAGCAAUCAAAGUAUCCGUCGUCAUGUGGUACCAGCAAUUAAACUAUGCUCUAGGCGUUUCAUAGUAA